ACAAGACUGUCAGGUGAGUGAUGUAUUCACCAGUGACAAAGGACUUCGUCUCCUUAACUCUGGGAGACCGCAGUUACAGCAACGGAAAGCACCGGAGACAAUCAUGCUGGAGGAAAUGGAAGCAGUUGUCACGGCUACAGCGCAGUCUUAUCUUGUCCGUUUUGGCCAUCCUGUUCAUCUGUGGGGUCUUCUCCUACCCCAGCUCAUAUGAACAAUACAAUACAGGUCAGCCUGACCGCUCUGAACGUAAAAGCUGGGAUGAUAUGCGAAACCAGGCUCUGCACUCUGUACCCCCGGGUCUGAUGCCAAAAGUCACAAAUGCUGCCAUACAGGAGAAGGAGGCGCCUCCCAAGCGUCCAAAAAUCCCAGUUCUGCCCAAACCGCUAUCCAUGAAGAAACCUCCUAGCAAGCGUGGAUUUCCAGGACUGCAGAAACAAGGAAAUGUGUCAGACUUUGAGCUGAAGGACAGAGACGAUCCAGCCGUCAGGAGAGACAACAAGCAAAAGCAGGAGAAGCAGACAGUCAUCUGGCGAGGAGCCAUAUUGGAAGCGCUGCCGGAAACUGAGGCUGAAGACGAAGACACCUUGCAGUCAGUGGAUCGGUCAGAAGCGGUGAGGGAAGCCUUCAGGCACGCGUGGAAAGGUUACAAGGAGUAUGCCUGGGGUCACGAUGAACUGAAGCCCAGCUCAAAGUCAUACAAGGAGUGGUUCGGUUUGGGUCUCACCCUGAUAGAUGCGCUCGACACCAUGUGGAUUCUGGACCUGAAAGAAGAGUUUGAAGAAGCCAAGAAAUGGGUGGAGACGGAGCUGACGUUUACUAAGAAGGUGGACGUGAAUCUGUUUGAGACCACUAUUCGUAUUCUUGGAGGCCUGCUGAGCACCUAUCACCUGACGGAAGACCCUCUCUUCCUGGAGAAGGCGAAAGACCUUGGCUCUAGAUUGAUGCCUGCCUUCAAGACGCCGUCCAAGAUUCCUUACUCUGAUGUGAACAUCGGUGCGGGCACGGCUCACCCGCCGCGCUGGACCACAGACAGCACCGUCGCCGAGGUCACCAGCAUUCAGCUGGAAUUCCGCGAGCUCAGCAGGCUCACGCAGGACCCGCAGUACCAGAACGCAGUGGAUGAGGUAACGAGGCUGGUCCACAAGCUGGAUGGAAAGCGUGACGGCCUGGUGCCAAUGUUUAUAAACACCAACAGUGGCAAGUUCACCCACCGCGGAGUGUUCACGCUGGGAGCUCGCGCUGACAGCUACUACGAAUACCUUCUCAAGCAGUGGCUACAGGGAGGCAAAAAGGAGAUCGAGUUACUGGAAGACUACCUUCAGGCCAUUGAAGGGGUGAAGAAGAACCUCCUCAAACAGACGGCCAGUAAGCUCACUUUUGUAGGAGAGUUGUCCCACGGACGUCUUAAUCCCAAAAUGGACCACUUGGUGUGCUUCCUGCCGGGCACUCUGGCUUUGGGGGUGCAUAACGGCCUUCCGGCUGAUCACAUGGAUCUGGCGGUACAGCUGAUGGAGACGUGCUAUCAGAUGUACGCGCAGAUGGAGACCGGCCUGAGCCCCGAGAUCGCCCACUUCAACCUGCAGGGCCCCAAGGGCCGUGACAUAGACGUUAAGCCUGCAGACAGACACAAUCUGUUGAGGCCAGAGACGGUGGAGAGUUUGUUCUACAUGUACAGAUUCACCAAGGACAGUAAAUACAGAGACUGGGGCUGGCAGAUUCUGCAGAGCUUCAACAGGUUCACCAGGGUCCCGACUGGAGGCUACACAUCUAUAGGAAACGUUCGCGAUUCGAUGAACCCUGGCUCCAAGGACAAGAUGGAAAGCUUUUUCCUCGGAGAAACUCUGAAGUACUUGUUCCUGCUGUUCUCCGACGAUCCCGAGCUCAUCAGUUUGGAUCAGUACGUCUUCAACACGGAGGCUCACCCUCUUCCCAUCUGGCCCUCUGUGUUGUGACCCGAGCUGGAUCUGCACUGGACGAGCAUGAAUUGGUCAUAGAUCUGAAACAGACAGAUAGAGGAGCUUCAGAGCGGCUUCAGAUGAGGAUGGUUCCGGUAGGACGUAGGAUGGGGUGUGAUCCGUUGUGGUGGGACGGGCAUUGAUUUGUUUGGAAGGUGGAAACAGAAGUGAGUCAUUUGUUUCUGCUGAAGCCAUGAAUGAAUCAUUUGUCCUUUUUUGAUACCUCCAUUCAAAUACUCAGAUCUUCACAUAACGGAAGAUAAAAUGGUCACAAUAGUGUCCUGUAGUCAAACUGGAUCUGACGAGAUUAAAGUGGACUGGAGCAAAGACCUAUCAGGGCCAUAAUGGACAAAAUUCAGUCCAAGCUUCCUGAAGGCAAAGCUCAAGUUUUCCACAACCUUCAAAGUGACUGUGUCCCAAAUCGCAAACUGCUAUGAGUAUCUUAUAUUAUUGCAACUCCAAGGGUUUAGUCACACACUGUGGGUCUGUUCGAAAACCUACUGCCUACCUGGGCAGCUGCCUAAGUACAGAGGAUCCUAAUAAGACAUCAAACUUAUAAGGCAGAAUAUUUACACGCACUACUUGGACAACAAUUACGGUGAUUUUGUCACCACGCAGGUCAUUCAAACCAAUGGGCUGAGGCGGCACUGAAUGCUGGGAUUGCCUUCACCACUAAGGAAGCAUUGGAUGGUUCCUCAUUAUUCAGUCAGAUUAUCAAUUAGAAUUAAGGCACCUCAGUAGGCAGCAAUUUAAGGUAUUUAAGAAUUUAGACAUGCCUUCUUCUUGAGAGUGGAUGAUGUAAAGUGUGUCUAUGUAGAGAGAUCACUAGGUUUUCGGACAGACCCUAUAAAUGUAAGAUAUAUAUUAGACAUAGGAUGCCCUGUAUGAUGCUGCCUGGAAAUCGCUUGUAGCCGAUUUACCAGGUGAGCAGGACGAUGUAGCUGAACAAUACCAGACUGCAUACCACACUGUAACAGUAGAAGGAAUUUCUGUCCGGGAGAGGUAAAAGUAAGUAACUGUGUUGGAGCUAAAGGUUUGGAAAAAACCACAACAGUAUCAUCAUAGCAUCAAAGCACUUAUAAGAGUAAAGAAUCAAAUGGUACUGAAUCAAACAGUACUGAAUAAAACGGUACUGAAUUAAAAAGUAGUGAAUCAAACAGUACUGAAUAAAACGGUACUGAAUUAAAAAGUAGUGAAUCAAACAGUAGUGAACCAAACGGUACUGAAUCAAACAUUAGUAAAUCAAACAAUACUGAAUCAUACAGUACA